AUGCUGGGGAAGAUGGCGGCAGCUGUUGCAACCUUUGCAUGCCUGGUGGUGCUCAGCAGCUUACAAGCUUACGAGGCUACAGCGGUGCCGCGCAGUCAGGUGAAUGGGACUAUCUGUGGCACGGUGUAUCUAAACCCCAAACUGUCAGUCCCAGAGAAAUACCAGCAGAUCAUCUGGUGGUUCAACGAGUCCCUAAAGAUCCUGACUAAAAAAUGGAAUCAGCCAGUGUAUUACCCAGGUGGCAAUAUUCAUAAUAAACUGCGUUACCACGAAAAUCACACCCUGGAAAUUAACCAGCUGCAGAAGCAAGACAGCGGCACCUACCGGAUGGAAGUGGAAGACAGCCAAAGCAAGAAGACAAAUGAAUUAUUCCGACUGGACGUGUACGAGCCCGUCCCUAAACCCAGGAUGAACUUCACUAUCAGGGCCAACGAAGAUGGAUGGUGCAAUGUCACCCUGGCGUGCAUUGUGGAUGCCACCCAAGUGACCUACCACUGGCGCAAGAAUGAAAAGGAUUUAGUGGGCAAAAUUAGCAGCACACUGGACGUUGCGUUAAAGUCAGAAAGUCACGCGUCUUACAAAUGCAGCGUCAGCAACCCCGCCAGCGAAGAGACAGGCUUCUUCAAUUACAGAAGCCCUUGCACGUGGAAUGAGAAAAACUCAGCCGUGCCCGUGUCCCUGGCUCGGAAAACAGCCGAUUCCAUCCUGGCGUUUGGAUUUCUCCUCCUCGUCCAUAACUGGGUCUAA